AUGCAACCUGGAAUUAAAAAAAAGCGUACUCAAAUCAAGCCAUACAAGAAAAGGCACACAUAGCAUUAAGAUAAGAUAUUAGCUUUGCAUUCGUAUUAAGAUGGAGAUGAGUGUUAAAAGUUAAUUAGUGCAUCAACAGAUGGGAAAAUCAUUUAAUUGGAUGUAAAGGCAAAAGAAUUUGUGGAAAUAGACAUUAAGUAUCCCUAUGAAAGUCUGAUUAGUGAUUUCAAGGAUAGCAAGAAGGAAUUAGAAAUAGUCUAGUAUUUGAAGUCUGAUAAUAUUCUCAGUACUUCUUUAAUUGCUGCAAUAGGCUAUGAAAAUGGUCUUAUCUAGAUAAAAGAUUUAUAUACGGGUGAUGCAAUUAGUGUGUUAUUCGGUCAUUUGAAUUUCAUAUAAACUCUUUACUUCUGUGAGAACAGCCUCUUUAGUGGAUCGACAGAUUGCAUGAUUAGAGAGUGGGAUAUGAAAGAUAACUAUAUUUGCAAAAAUAUAUAUAAGUUUAAUGAUCCAAUCUAAAAGAUAUAGGAAUAUUUUGGUUAUUAAGGAGUUUUCACAUCAAUCAUAUCUUAUAAGGACAAAUUUCUGAUCACAGGUCAAGAUGAUGGUAGUGUCAAGUUUUGGAAUAUUAAGACAAAAUAGAUCAUUGAAGAUUUGCCGGGUCAUUUAAAUGCGGUUACCAGUUUCACUUUUUUAGAUAACUAUUUAUAUUCAGGUUCUCUCGACCAUUCUAUUUUGUGUUGGAAUUUAAAUGAGAUUGAGAUUAGAAUAAUUGAACGAGAAGCUAUGCAAUAUGAAGAUUUACUAUCCAAGAAAAUUGAAGUAUUCUAGAGGUACAUCUCAUCGAAAACCAAGAAGAAGGGCAAAGGUAAAGCUAAAAAGAAGAAGUGA